AUGGAUACUGACUGCACCAUUCCUGCCCCACUACCGGUGGAGGCCAACAAGUUGAGCGGUGCCUUGCCCAAGGCCCCAUUCGCCAAGGUAGAGCAUUCAUCUUCACCACCGCCGCUGAUCGAAGAUACAUCAGACAUACUAGAAGACGGCGAGAUCCACGAGCAGCAGGAGACGGUCAGCUCACUGCGCAGUGAGCUGCAGCUAUCCACCUUGGAGUACUCCGCACUCAAUGACCGUUUCAAAAGGCUCGAGCGUCAGCACAGCGAUAUGCAAGACCUAGCCUCCGCGUACAGUGAGGUGAUACGGGGCUUCUCUCCCACUGAAAUUCAGAAUGUCUCCAUCGACCAGCUGCAAGCAGAAGCUGGCCACGACGGCCUGAGAGCGAAAGCCCUUGAGGCCGACGUGCUCAGGCCACUCAUAAGAGAAGCUGGCGGAUUGCAAGCUUUGAUCUCUCAAAUGCACGCGACGAAGACGCUUAUCGACAAAGCGGGCGGGCUUCGAGAGCUUGAGAAGUUUGUCUCAGAUCUCCGUACGAUUCGGGACACGCUGGACGAGCUCAAAGGCUCUCAAGGGCUCGGUGGCUUGGUUUCCGAGGUUCGAGCCUUGCUCGCCCACAAACAGCAGCAUGUCGAGCUGAAGUCUCGAGUGGAUGGGCCAAACGGCCUGAGGACAAAGGCCGCUAGAUACGAAAAGCUGAUACAGGCUGUCACUGAUGUACAGAAUGACACGCAGCCCUGGAAACAGAACCCUACAGCCUCGACGGUAAGCUCGGUUCGAGCCUCGUCCAGCAGUACACAGCCAGCUAGAAGCCAGCAGUCACCAGCUGGUCCUGCGGCCAUGAACCCAGCUCGAGCCCGUUUGAUCUCCGCCACGCCUCUCGAAGCCGACCCGGACCGCGACUUGUACGAGCCAGUACCGCCUGUAGCAGAGCCGCUCAACAAGACGGGAUCCAACAACACACCCUUGGGCGUUUCUCAAGUGCAGCCUGUUGCAAGCUCUUCGACGCUGAAACGCAAGGGGGUUGAGAAUACGGCUCCCAGUGUCUGGAAGCGCGCACGAGUUGACCUUGACCGAGCUUCAGCCCUGGUGCAGGCCUCGUUAUCUCCCAGCACUGACAAACAGCUAGGACGAGGCUCCGCUCAGUCGAACACUGCGGCUGGAACAGCAGGUCCCAAAACUCGAGCUCAACCCAGUCGAAGUGAAUACAAGGAGACUUGGACCGAGCAGGUGUGGGGUUCCCAACCUCGGGCGCGAAAAGCAGUGGCUACGCCAAGGAUGCCUGAUUGGAUGCGCGCAGACAUACAGUUUGGCAAGGUGGGGUUCGGUUCUGUACCUUCAACAGGGAGGCCUGCAUACCCGUCCACAGCUCCGAGCCUUGACGUGGAGUCUCACGCGGACACACGGUGGAGGCUUGUGCGUCUCGGCAAGAUCAGCGGAGGGGUUCCUCCGUCUCUUUCUGCGAGACCAGAGACCUGCCAUGAGGGGCGAACGGCUUCGUCUGUUCUACAAAACCGUGAUCUGAAGGCGUUGAAAGCUUUCUUCAAGCAUCCUGUUGCGCUCUGGGUCGGCAGCAAGGACGGCUACGGUACCUCGAGCUGGGAUGAUUAUCAGUCGUACGACUUGAAGAGAGACGCGCAGAUUCCUGACGAGCUACUCGUGUCGCUAUUGAAUGAGCUUGUCAAGUACGUCGACAUGGGAAACAUCAGCAGGUACGAGCAAAUGGCGCCGAGCUGUGAGACAUGCAUUCUCAGGUAG